AACCAACAAAUUUCCCGUAACAUCCGUUGCAGCUGCUCUAUCACACUAUAUACGUGAUCAUCUCUCUCCCUCUCUGUAUAUACGUACAUAUACAAGUACACUACAUAGUUUGAUAUACGCGGAGGAGGAUUAAAUUCACACCUGCAAUUAAACUUCCUAACACUCGCUCCACUGCCAGUGCUUGUGUGUAUACACUAUCAGCUCAUCUCUCUCUCUCUCUCUCUCUCUCUCGCUCUCUCUAUCUCUCUCUCGACAUGAAGGGGUGACCACAGUAGCUAAACUAUUCUUCAUCUGUUAAUAGGCACGUGAUUCUGAAGUAAUAAUUUAAGACGAGUUGGGAUGGCAUCGGGGAAAUAUUCUAGGCUUGAUGGAAGAAAAUCAACUAAUUAUUGUUCUUCUAUUACUUUUGUCGUGUUUGUUGCUCUUUGUUUUGCUGGAGUUUGGAUGAUGACAUCGUCGUAUAUGGUUCCUGUUAAAAAUGUAGUUGAAACCUCUGAAGAGAGCAAGAUUGAGGUGGCAGCAAAAUAUAGUGAGAACAGUGAGAGAAAUAAGGAUGAUACCAGCAGUGAGAGCAAUGGGAGUUACGAAAACCAAUCCAAACAGUUUGAGGAUAAUCCUGGAGAUUUACCCGAGGAUGCCACCAAAGGGGAUAGUACUAAAGUUGAUUCUCAAAUUGAAACGACUGAACAUCCCUUAUAUGAAAACCAAUAUAUGUUAAAAAAAUCGCAAGAUGAUAAUCAGAGUAGAGAAGAAGGGACAUAUGGAAAGGAAGAUGUGGAAAACAAACAAAAAGAAGAUGAAAGUAAUUCAGGUGGGAAACAGGACUUAAAUGAGGCUUCACGGGAAGAUAAAUUAGAAGCAUCGAAAGAUUUGAAUAAAGUUCAUACAGAGGGGAAUAAGUCAAAGGAUAAAACAGACCAGAAAAAGGAGAUUUUUCCAUCUGGGGCUCAGUCAGAGCUUCUGAAUGAAACUAUGACCCAGGAUGGGGCGUGGGAGACGCAAGCAGCAGAGUCAAAGAAAGAAACAAGUGCAUUUUCAGAACCUGGCCAGAAAACUGGGUUAAGCUGGAAACUUUGCAAUGCGACCGCUGGAUCAGAUUACAUCCCGUGCCUUGAUAAUUUUCAAGCUCUCAGGAGGCUUAAAUCUACUAAGCAUUAUGAACAUAGGGAGAGGCACUGUCCAGAUGACCCUCCAACCUGCCUUGUCUCUCUUCCUGAAGGAUAUUUACGCUCAAUUCAGUGGCCCACAAGCAGAGAAAAGAUCUGGUACCACAACGUUCCCCACACAAGGUUGGCAGAAAUUAAGGGACACCAAAAUUGGGUUAAAGUUACUGGAAAAUAUCUUGUGUUUCCUGGUGGUGGGACCCAGUUCAAGCAUGGUGCUCUUCACUACAUUGACUUCAUAGAACAGAUAGUGCCUGAUAUUGCCUGGGGAAAACGUUCACGUGUUAUUUUGGAUGUUGGAUGUGGGGUUGCUAGCUUUGGAGGUUUUCUUUUUGAUAGAGAUGUGCUAACCAUGUCAUUUGCGCCAAAAGAUGAACAUGAAGCCCAGGUUCAAUUUGCACUUGAGAGAGGAAUUCCUGCUAUAUCUGCUGUGAUGGGCACAAAGAGACUUCCUUUUCCUGGGAGAGUUUUUGAUAUUGUUCAUUGUGCACGCUGUAGGGUUCCAUGGCAUAUUGAAGGGGGUAAGCUUUUAUUGGAACUAAAUCGCAUGCUCCGUCCUGGCGGUUUCUUUGUAUGGUCUGCUACACCUGUCUACCAGAAACUUGCUGAAGAUGUUGGUAUUUGGGAAGAAAUGAAGAGACUAACAAACGCGUUGUGCUGGGAACUUAUGUCUAUCAGUAAGGAUAGAGUGAAUAGGAUAGGUGUAGCUAUCUAUCAAAAGCCUAGUUCGAAUGAGUGCUACGAGACAAGAUCAAAGAUGGAGCCACCACUAUGCAAAGAAUCUGAUGAUCCAAAUGCAGCCUGGAAUGUGCCCCUACAAGCAUGCAUGCAUAAAGUACCUGUUGGUGCAUCAGAGCGAGGGUCACAAUGGCCAGAACAGUGGCCAGCAAGGGCAGAGAAGCCACCAUACUGGUUAUUAAGUUCACAGAUUGGAGUUUAUGGAAAAGCUGCACCUGAUGAUUUUACUACAGAUUAUGUAAAGUGGAAACAUGUAGUAUCAAAAUCAUAUCUUGGUGGGAUGGGAAUAAACUGGUCUACUGUGAGAAAUGUGAUGGAUAUGAGAGCCAUAUAUGGAGGAUUUGCUGCUGCUCUGAAAGACAUGAAUGUCUGGGUCAUGAAUGUAGUUAACAUUGAUGCUCCUGAUACACUACCAAUCAUAUUUGACCGGGGGCUUUUUGGAAUAUACCACGACUGGUGUCAAUCAUUUAGCACUUACCCAAGAACAUAUGAUCUUCUUCAUGCAGAUCAUAUCUUUUCCAAUAUAAAACAGAAAUGUAAUUUUGAGGCAUUUGUUGUAGAGGUUGAUCGGAUUCUAAGGCCGCAAGGGAACCUUAUUGUGCGGGACACAGUUGAGACCAUCAACGAACUGGAAAGCAUAUUCAAGUCUAUGCAUUGGGAGGUCCGAAUGACCUUCUCUAAGGACGGUGAAGGAGUGAUGUGUGUGCAAAAGAGCAUCUGGCGCCCAAAAGAGGCGGUGGUAGUACCAUACGCAAUUGCUUAGUGGAAAUUGGCACCAUAGUUUACUUGCAUUCUCUCUCGUAACAGGAAGAAUAGGUGUGACAUUUUUUUGACUGAAACUAGUAGUACGUUUUCUUUUCUUCGUUUAUGUAUCAAAUCUUGUGUCUUGGUUGUAAACUUUUCAGCUGUUAGUUGCCUUAGCAUGGUGACAGGUCAUUCUGGGGUGGCUUGUGUAUCCCGGUCUCAAGUGGAUUAGUGUGGCGGUCUGGUUUUUUUGUACUACUAUUAUACAGUUAAAGUUAUUGAUGAGAUAUCGAAACAUAUAUCUGUUCUGUAAUAUCUAGGCGUGAAGAUAUAUAUGUUUGGGUGUGUGAUGCAUGUUUCUGUAAA